UACAGGCGGAGGUGUGAAACAGACAGGAAGUGAAAACAAGCAGGACGACUGCUGAAUCUACUGACCAAAAUAAUAUGGGCGACUGCUUCUUAGAUAUAAUUAUAGAGCAGGGCUGACACUACUAAAUAAAGCGUAAAGUUGUCACGGUAAAAUGUAGGUUAAUUCAAUUAAUAAUUCCUUCCAAAUUUCCAGCACAAGGUCUGAUCUACCUGUAUUUUAAUGGACAGAGGAAGAGGAGGAAAAAGAGGAGGCAGAGGGAAGCGUAGUGAGGAGGACAAAGAUGUUCAUCUGUCUAAAUCCAUGUCUUAUGUGCUUCGUCAUGGAGCCACACAGAUGGGACUUCAAAUGACUGCAGAUGGCUUCUUGUUUGUGGAGGACCUCCUGGUUCACCCACAGUUCCACUUGUACACAUUAGAAGAUGUAGAGAGAGUCGUAUCAACAAAUGACAAGCAGCGCUUCAAGCUCCGCUCCCACCCAGAGGAUGGCCGGCUGCAGAUUCGAGCCAAUCAGGGACAUUCACUACAGGUUAUGGAUCUGGAGCUAAAACCAGUUCUAGCUGGUUCUCCUGAUUGCCCCGCCGAGGCCGUUCAUGGCUCCUACCUCCGCAACUGGCCAUCCAUUCGACAGCAGGGUCUGAGCCGCAUGAAUAGGACUCACAUUCAUCUGUCAACUGGACUUCCAGGGGAGGAUGGCGUCAUUAGCGGCAUGAGGAAAAACUGCGAUCUAGCUGUGUUCAUUGAUGUCCCCAGAGCUCUGGCUGAUGGUAUUGAGUUCUUCUGGUCAGAGAAUGCUGUGUUGCUGACUGCAGGUGAUGCUGAGGGAAAACUCCUUCCUAAAUACUUCACCCGAGCCCUAAAACUCAAGCCUAGAGGAUGCAUCCUUCCCCUGCAGUAAAAGCUGCUGUGCUUGAUGUUCUCAACAAGCUUGAAUCCAACUUUGCAGUAUGUUUUUUUUUGGUUUCCAAGACUACACAAGUUUUACAUUUCCUAUAAAUAACAGGAUGACAUACACUUGCCGCCCAAUUUUAUCUUUAUAAUAAAUACUUAACCAGA